GGCGGGCGCGGGGCGCGAGCAGCGCUGGGCGGCCUCUCCCCGCCCCUCAGGCCGGGCCCGGGCUCGGUCCCCGCUCCCUCCGCUCCCCACCCCGUCGAGUGCGGGGCGGCCCACGCCUCCGCCGGGUCCAGAGGGCGUCGUGGCCGCGCCGCCGCGGGCCCCGAUGGAGCCGCCGAACCUCUUCCCGGUGAAGCUCUACGUGUACGACCUGUCCAAGGGCCUGGCGCGGCGCCUCAGCCCCAUCAUGCUGGGGAAACAACUGGAAGGCAUCUGGCAUACCUCCAUAGUCGUGCACAAGGAUGAGUUCUUCUUCGGCAGUGGCGGUAUCUCUAGCUGCCCCCCGGGAGGGACAUUGCUUGGGCCCCCAGACUCUGUGGUUGAUGUGGGGAGCACAGAAGUCACAGAAGAAAUCUUUCUGGAGUACCUGUCCUCCCUGGGGGAGUCUCUGUUCCGAGGGGAGGCCUACAACCUCUUUGAACACAACUGUAACACCUUCAGCAACGAAGUGGCGCAGUUCCUGACCGGGCGCAAGAUCCCUUCUUACAUCACUGACCUUCCCUCUGAAGUUCUCUCCACGCCCUUCGGACAGGCCCUGCGGCCCCUCAUAGACAACAUCCCGAUCCAGCCCCCCGGGGGGAGCACCGUGGGCCGACCCAACGGCCAGAGCUAACAGGACUGCCUGGACCGCCCUGCCUCCCCAGGGCUUUUCCUUUUUAAACAAAACAAACCCUACCAGAUUUCUAUUUUAUAAUUUUACAUCAGAGCUAACAACCAGGGGACGGCUUUUUAAAAUUCCCAGGGAAGGAGAUCAUCAGGCUGCAUGUAGGUCAAUGCUGCUAAGAACCAGAACGGAAUGCCAUCCCCUCUAAUGGUAUUAUACUAAUUUAUUAA